AUGUCUUCGAUGGCCACAACUCAUAUCCAAGAUCUUCCCACCGAGAUCCUGUUUGGGAUAUUCGCAUAUCUCUCGCGAUCAGCACCAUCAGAAAGAUCAUUGCACGAGCAGCCAGACGCUGCUCUACUCAGAGCUGAUCCCGCCAACGGACCAUUUCCUGCUCACCUCAAAUCCAUAUCAUGCGUCUGCAAGCGAUGGCGCGCAAUCAUUCUGCCCGUGCUUUUCAGAAACGUCAUCUGGAGGCCACAGAUAUCCUCCUUCGAAUCUAUCGAUCUGAGACCACACGACAUGCUCAGAUUCUUGAAGGAUCAGGAUCUGGCCUAUAAUGUCCUAACCUUUACGCUCAUGGUUGACUUUGCCACGGAAGAGGUCGAGGAGAGCGAGUUGCAUCGCAAGAUUUGGCCGGGCGACCUUGCAAAGCUUUGGACCCGACUCUUUUCCGUCAUUGAUCCCCUGAGGUUCACCAUCAUGGCGCCUCCGGCCACUCUCGCGGCAUUCAUGAAUCGAAUGUUGUUCUUGACCGACGCCUGGUCCUUUGAUAUCCCAUAUCACAUCUUUUCGUUGGCAUGGUCUAGUCGUCAGGCCAAGAAGGCGACUGUGAAAAGUCCACCGAGUCCCAGCCUUGAGCCGCAGUCCACACCUGGCCCCAGCCAGACGAGUACGACAACCUCUCACAAUGGAGAUGACGGACUGUCAGAACGUCGGCAUGUAGAUUUGAAAGCAUCUCUUGGACAUGGUACCAUCUCGUUGCCCGACGGGAAACAUAAACUUGUGGUGCCUCCAACGAGCACGCUCUUCACUAUUCGACCGUGGACGUCGGUUUUAUUGAAUGAGGGAUCAUCCAUUCGCGCAUAUCAUACAUACGAGUAUUUCCUGCGCCAACCGCCGUCCAUGCUGAGUGCUCUUCUCGGAACGGGCGAGUAUCCCAAUAAUGUUGCACUUUUACCGCCCACCAUUGUCGACUUCAACUACAUUGCCGUCUUCCCGCUGGCCUCGCACAUUCAAAACCUCUUUGCAAACUUGCCCAAGAUUGAGAGGCUCUUUGUACAGCUCACCCCGCGACCGUCUAACCAGAUACUUCAGGACAAGAAGGCCAUGAGGAAUAUUGACAUGGCAGACUUGUGGAUGGAGCGCAAUACUGCGUAUAGUCACUUGUUUGCCGAGCUUACCCAAGUCGACCCACAAGGGAACUGGGGGACGCUCAAAGUCUUUGAGAGCGGAGAUGCAGCCGACCGAGAAAGCUGGAACAUGGCCGUGGAAUUUCUGAAGCAGAGUGAAAUCACCAACUGGGUCGUGGAAAGAGAUGGCUCCCUUGUCAAGGUGGGAGAAGACGGCGACGAUAAACCUGCAGCCCGGUCGGCGGGAAGCGUAGUCCAUCAUCUCUUGGGGGACGAAUCACUCAGCGUGCCGCUCUUGUCAGUACCACCACCAUCACCACCACCUUGCCUUACCCUUGACUUUUGCCGACAUGUAUCUCUCGUGUAUUCGUCUGGGACCUGA